AUGGGAAACAGCGGAUCCGCGCAGAAGAGGAAAGAACGGAGUCGAGAAAGUGGCGACAGGUAAGAUAAUCUCCAUCUUAUCUCUUAUUCAUGUUCACCCAUGAUUAAAAAUAGCGAUGCAGAAAAGUAAUACAUAAGAAUGUACUUUGGAUGUUUCACUUUUGGGUAGCGUAGAUGAUCGAUCCGGGAAGAAUAAAAGAGUUGCGAACGGUUCCGACCUGCGAGGCAGCAGAAAAGAAAUCGUAAAAUGUCGCGCGACAAAUCCUUUCAUCAUUUUCUUUCUACGGUUACGGAGUAAAAAGCCGAACGAACACGUGACCGUGAUCGCACGGGCAGCUGGAAAAUUGUGGACCCGAAUGACCUCGGAACAAAGAAAGAAAUACAUAGACUUGGCAAACGCUGAGAAACGAAGGCGAGAAGAGCAGAAAAGAAAGCGAAAGUUA